AUGGUGAACAGCAAAGUCAUUGUUGAAGCAAGAGAUGUGAAACCGUCCAUUAAGCCCUUUAAUGGCAAGGACAACUUCACGCUUUGGCAGAGGAAGAUGAAGAACAUUCUGGUUCAGCAAGAGGUUGAUGAGGCAAUUGGAGAUAAGCCUGCAACAAUGAUUGAAGCAGAUUAUAUGAAGAAGAAUAAGAAAGCAAAGAGCUCCAUUGAGCUGCAUCUUGCUGAUAAUGUCCUGCUUCAUAUUGGUGAGAAUAUGACUGCAAAUGAAGCAUGGGAGAAGCUUGGAAGCGUCUACUGGGGUAAAACUAUUAGCAGCAAGCUACUCUUGAAGAAACAGCUUUUUGGCCUCAAGAUGGAGGAAGGGGAUGAUCUUAAUGAUCACAUAUGCAAAUUUCAGAAUUGCAUAUCAAACUUGGAGAAGGUUGGAGCAAAGAUGGAUGACGAAGACACGGCUGUCAUGUUACUUCAUUUGCUUCCACCUUCAUUCAAGCACUUCAAAACCACCAUGAUAUUCAAAUAUACUAUCACAAUUUCUAAAGUGUGUGAGAACCUGGAAUCAUAUGUCAAAAUGGACAAAGAAGAAGAAAGUUCUCAAGCACGGGGACUUCAUGUCAGAGGCAAGGAGAGAGGAAGGUCCAGGAAUAGAGGUGGUGGAUUUAAAGAAAGAGGCAGGUCUAAAUCCAAGGGAAAAGGCAAAGAAAAGAAGAAUGGUUGCUUCGAAUGUGGUUCACUUGACCACUAG